GUUUUAACAGCUGUUGGGUCUGUUUUUAGAGUCCGAUGCUUGGUCGGUCAACACGUGGAGAAGACAGAAAGAGAGACCAGACGGGGACAGGUUGGGAUAGACUACAGUUUGAAAUACUUAACAUUAUAAUUCAAUAAUUCAAUUCAUCGUGGCGGCGUGGAGGACGCGUACAUACUGUGUAGCUGCUAGGGUCCUGAGGAGAUGCCGCUGAGGUUCCGGUCUGUUGUCCCGUACACGCUGCCCGGAGUGCUGGCGCUGAUAGGCUGGUGGUGGUACAUUUCACGCAAGAAAGAGCAGAUCAGCAGCCACGACAGUGAGGAGGAGGGGGCGGUGGCCAUGGGCUUGCUUACAUCCCCCACCGAGGGCAGCAAUGGCCUGUUGGAGAAGGCAUCCGUGUCCCCAACCGCCUCCACUCACCAAAUCACCGGAAGAGACUCCCCCCCGAUUGUUAAAGGAAAAAAUUCAACCAAGCAGGAAGUAGAAGUGAAGGUCCCCACCUUCAGAGCGGCGCCAGUAGAAGUCCACCGUACCCUCACACCCACAGCGUCAGCAACCGCAGACAGACCCCACACCCUUCCCGAGCCCCAACCGCCCUCCGACCCCCACAUCCCCUCCGACACCCAUGUCCCCUCCGACCCCCACGUCCCCUCCGACCCCCACGUCCCCUCCGACCCUCACCCGCCCUCAGACCCCCACAUCCCCUCCGAACCCCACACCUCCUCAGACCCCCACACCUCCUCCGACCCUCUCCACGACAGAGUGAAGACAGACCCUGCUACUGUGAGCUGCCUAGGCUCGGCCGGGACCAGCGUGACACAGACGCCAUCAUCACCUCCACAGAAUCAGGAAGAAAGCUCUGCCACCAGCACACUUGAGAGGGAGCAGGAGAGCGCUGGGCAGAGCCCACCCUCUGCUGUUGCUUUGGUAACAGAGCCUGAACAGCCAGAGCUGGAAGCAACCAGUCAUCCCACAGCAGAAGCAGAGGUGGUGGUUUCCCAGGUACUAUAUGCCAUGGUCUCAGCUACACCACUGGCAGCAGAACUGGCCAAUGCAGAGAGACCAGAGCCAGAGGGGGAGGUCUCAGGGAAAGAUGCCCCCUCAUUGUCCUGUUCCUCCUCAUCCACAACCCUUUCCACCAAAGACACACUGGAAUGCUUGCCAGCCCAGGACCAGAGAACAGCCCCAGAGGAGCCCCACACCCUGGAGACAACCACAUCGUCACAAGGUAUCCAGCACACUGUCAUGACAAGUAUACAAGUCCUUCCAUCACCUCCAGCACCUGUAGACUCCCUGCUUGCCCAAGGCCCGGCCCAGGAGAACGGAACCGGCCCGGCGGAGCUCGAGCUCAUGGCGGCAGGCCUGAUAACUGAUGUCAUCACUGCAGCCACCGCACAGGUUCUCAGCGUCACCUGCUGCCAAGACACCGACAAAUCAGACUCAGAGAUCGCCAAGCCUGGCAGUAGCAGCACGCCUCUGGCAAAUGGGAAGCCAUGCUCUGAGCAAGAGCCAAUAAGAAGGGAUAGUUGGCCCUCUCCCAUAGGCAUCGAGUCAAAGGGGGAGGGGUCAGCAAACCAGGAAGAGGAAGAUGUGCCCAAUGGGUGCCUGUCUGUGCCGGUGUGGGAGCCUAUAAGCAGCCAGCGAGACAGAGCAAUAGAGAACACGCAGAAUAGCCACUGUCCGAGCACUUCGCUAGAGACUCAGGAUCCCGCCCUGGCCAGCCUGGACAAACUGGAAGAGGAGGGGGAAUGUUUGGGGCCAAGGGUCUCAGGGGGGGUGGUGGAGUCAGCGGUGGUAAUGGUGACGUCGCUGGUGGGGGAGCACUCGCUGGGAGCCAUGUGUGAGAUGAAGAGGCUCAACUGUGUGGGCCUCAGGAACGGUGCUCACGGGGCGAGCGAGGCUGAGACGGACCAGUCCGGAGGUUCUGAUGUGAACAGCAUGGACUCGGUGGACAGUGGCUGCACCAUGGGGGCUGGGGACAGCCAGAACAGCAGCAGCCUGACCCCCACAGCCAACUCUGAGCUCAUCGUGUGGGAGAUUGAGGUGCCAAAGCAUCUGGUCGGACGGUUAAUCGGGAAACAGGGACGAUACGUGAGCUUCCUGAAGCAAAGCUCAGGUGCAAAGAUUUACAUCUCCACCCUGCCAUACACACAGGAGUUUCAGAUCUGCCACAUAGAGGGCACCCAGCAGCAGGUAGACAAAGCGCUGUCCUUAAUUGGGAAGAAGUUCAAGGACUUGGACCUGACCAACCUGUACGCACCCCCAUCUCUGCCGCUCACGCUCCCCUCGCUCCCCAUGACCUCCUGGCUCCUGCUGCCCUCCGGGGUGACGGUGGAGGUGAUCGUGGUGAACAUCGUCUCCGCAGGCCACAUGUUCGUGCAGCAGCAUACGCACCCCACCUUCCAUGUCCUGCGCAGCCUGGAUGAGCAGAUGUUCCUCUGCUACUCCCAGCCGGGCACACCUGCCCUGCCCUCGCCAGCAGAGGUGGGACUGAUCUGUGCAGCGCCUGCAGUAGAAGGAGCCUGGUGUAGAGCCCAGGUCAUCUCCUUCUUCAAAGAGACCAGCGAGGUGGAGAUCCGAUACGUAGACUACGGUGGAUACGACAGAGUCAAGAUCGACACCCUGCGGCAAAUAAGGUCGGACUUUGUAACAUUACCGUUUCAAGGUGCUGAGGUGUUACUGGAUAACAUCGUUCCUCUGCCAGGAGAGGAUAGGUUUUCUACCGAGGCCAGCACUGCACUUGAGGAGAUGACCAGAGGAGUUGCCCUGCUUGCACAGGUUACGAACUAUGACAACAACACUGGUGUCCCGUUGGUGCAAAUGUGGAACAUGGUUGGAGAUGAGCUGGUAUCAGUGAAUCGUACGUUGGCGGAGAGAGGACUGGGCACCUGGGUGGACAGCUUUUGAACAUGGCUGUCCCCGGCCCCACCACCCUCCUUUCCUUACAUCCCCUCUGGAUCCUGUCUACUCUGAUACCUGGAGUUUCCCAUCCUUCCUUGCCCGCAGAACACCCCCAUACACAUUUCAAUAGGAGAACUCUCAACCACUGGAUUGGGGAUUUUCUUUUUUUUUUCAAUUUUUUGUUUCUUAGUUUUGGUUUCAACUUGAAGACAAAAAAGAAAGUACUUGUACAUUUUAAGAAAAUAAUUAUAUAUUGUAACUGAAUAAAGGUUGAUCCAAGUUUUCCGUCCUGCCGUGACACUUCUCUCCAGGCCUCUGCACAAUUUUGACUGGAUUAUCAUGCUGUGGAUGUAUCCAUUGACUCCAUAGGAAAAAGAAAACCUUCAAUGAAUGGGGAACUAACUUCACCUUCAUUAAAUCUAACGACCUAUACACUGGCACAGUAUAGUAAACAUAAUAAUCGUUUUUCAAUGAAACCGUUGGGGGGGGGGGGUGGGGGGGCUUCUGGUAGGGUCAAGUGAGACUACCUGAGACGCAUCAGCGCACUGUCAUGUUCUGUCUGGAUUUGUUUCAACAACUGUGGAUUAGUCGGUGGACAAUGGUAUAGAAGGUGCUCUCAGUUCUGUUUUGGUUUCUUGAGUUGUGUCCGUGAAGACAAAAACUCUUGAUCCAUGCCUUGGAUUUUAUUAUAACCACAAUCCUAAGAACGGGAAAACUAUCUCCAGCCCCUCGUCGAUAUGGACGCAUUGGGAGGGUGCAGAACACUGGUCCUAGGAGACACGGCCUGCUCACCUGACCUGGCUGCCUCCUCCUGACAACACUGUGGCCUUAUGGAGAACGGGCUUCCUUCUCUGCACCGUGUCCAAUUUGCAGCAGGCCUGCCCUCGUUCCUCAUCCAGCACACUCUUGUCUGUGGAGAUGGGUGAGGGGGUGGGUGAGCCAAUGGUGGGCUUUCCCUAAGCUUGGCAUCACAGAUCCUGUACCUUCUGUACCGUCACUCUGGCCACUUCCUUUUCAUACACUACAGGUGCUGGACCUCAGCAGUGUGCAUGGGGGGGCACUUUGGAACAUGUAGAGGAAGGGUUCCAUAUUCACUCCCUUCCUAGCCCCACCAAUUUUGCGUUGCAGCUUUCUGAGGAUUUCAUGAGGAAGGUGGCAUAUUAAAUUUGUGGCAGUUUUUGUGGUAACACUUGAGAAAAAAUACCCACUCCCAGAAAGGCCUCGCCACCUAACCUGGUACACUCAAAUAACUGCUUUUAGAGUCUGCCCAGUCCUACAGGCUUUUAAAAGGGAACUACUACAUGAUAUUCAAAUCCAGUUUGUCUAUCGUUUGUAUGCAUGAUAAUAUGCCUGGUAUCUGCCCAGCUGCGCCUGUAUGUUCACUGUGUUGACUCCUACAUGUGUUAUCUAUUUACACUAGACUCGGUACAUGUCAAGGGUACAGGAAUCAACGUGUGUGUGAAUUGUGUGUCCACAAUGCAAACCAGACAAGGUAGCGGGGAGGAAAGGUUAGCAUAUUGCAUCAAUCACACUAUACAUACUGUGUAAUGCUGUUAGUGUGUUGCUUCUACACCUUUUUGUUGUUUUGGUUUCAUAGACUUUUUUUGACACUUUUAACAAGAAAUGGAAAUAAAUAACUACUGUACAUCAUUGAACACCACAUAGGGGUUGCUGUCGACAUCACUAAAGCAAGUGAAGGUGAAAGGUUUAACUUAAGUUUCGGAAAUGUAAUGAAUUCUAAAUGUAGUCUUUCUUUUGAUUUGACUAGCUGCUUACUGCUACUGUUUUAAAUGAAUCGAGUUAUUGUAUUUGAAAGGGGACUAGAUACUGUUGAUCCUGCCACACUAUAAAGUACUGUACCAAUGCUACUCUGACAAUAAGGCCAUAUAUUUCCCACUGCUUCAUAUAGACUGUGUCCAAGUAAGGUUUAAAGAAGUGUUUCAGCAUUUGACCGAAGCACUACAGAAGGCCAGUAGGAAGACUGACAGCAGCAGAAAGUAAAUUGCAUUAACUUUAUCCCUAAAUGCUCUGUGUUGUUGUGAGGAUGACAAAGUUCAAAAUGCUGGUUUAUUGUGGAUGAGACUCGAUUGUCUUAGGAAUGGUUAUUCAUGUGUAAGGUGAUAUGAUACACUGCUUGGUUGAAGACGGUUCUAGGAAGAGGGUGAAUGUCUUGAAUAGCUCUGUGUUUGCUUCAACAGACGUUAUUGUACAAAAGUACAAAAGCUGACCAGUGUUGGAGCAGUAGCCAUAUUCUUCAUCCUCGUGAGACCUUUACAUCAUUUCAACAUCUGUGCUCGGUUCAACCCAUCAAUGCCUCAUCCAGAAUAUAUCCCCCCGUUCCACUUCACCUGUCCUCUCCCCAUUAUCAGAAAUGCUUGAUCCAAUAAGUUUUGACUUGUGCAGGCCUGUGUAUAUAAGAUAUUUCACUGUACUUUUGUAUUACACUGGAGAGACCGAAAGCAAAAGGGAACAUAUUUUCUUUUUUUCAGGGGGGGGGGGGGGGGGGGGGGUUGUUCAACUCUGCUCCCCUUCCAAAAUUGUUUAAUGUUCUCUGUGGGUAAGACUGGUUUGAAGUGUUUGCUUAGCUAGAUCAUUAAUCAUUUGAUUAUUUAAAUGAGUGUUAAGCAAUCCUGCCCAGAUCAUUUAAUAUGUACAGGUCAGUUUUUGCCAGGCUCAUUAAAGAUUUCAUUCUUGGUUGUACAGAUCUAUUGGGAAAAAAUAAAAUUAUUAAAAAUG